AUGGAGAACAACGGUCUGAAGGGGAUUGCAGAGCGACUGACGGUCAGGGGCAAGGGUAUAUUAGCCAGCGACGAGUCGACUGGCACCAUUGGAAAAAGGUUGGAAAAAUCAGGGUUGGAAAACACCGAGAAUGUCAGACGUGGAUAUCGGGAGAACUUCUACACUGCAGAAAUCGGCAACAGCAUAUCUGGCGCAAUUCUUUUCAAAGAGACUUUAUACCAGAACUCUUCUGACAAUACGCCGUUCUUUAAAUGUCUAUUAGACCGUGGAGUCUUGCCUGGCAUUAAAGUGGACCAGGGCUUGGUGCCACUGCCCAACUCAAACAGUGAGACCAGCACCCGCGGGCUAGAGACCCUGGAAGCCGAAUGCAAGCAGUACAGACAGCAAGGAGCGCGGUUUACAAAGUGGCGAGCAGCCCUGAAAGUGGCAGAUGGCCUGCCCUCGGAAGCAGCCAUCCAGAGGAAUGCAGAGGACCUGGCGGAGUAUGCUGCCAUAGCUCAGGCAUGCGAUCUUGUACCGAUUGUGGAGCCAGAAAUACUGAUCGACGGCGAUUACAGCUUGCAACGGUCGGCGGAUGUGUCGCAGCGGGUGUUGCAGGCCUGUGUGGCGCAGCUGUGGCGGCGGCCGGUGGAUCUUGAAGCCACGCUGCUGAAGCCAAUGAUGGUCAUGCCAGGCGCGGACGCCCCUCACCGGGCUUCCAAGGAGGAUGUUGCCAUUGCAACCCUUGACACAAUGCGCAGGAGUGUGCCACCUGCCAUUCCAGGCAUCAUGUUCCUCAGCGGAGGCUUGAGUGAAGAGGAGGCAACCCUGUACCUCAAUGCAAUAAACUUGCUGGCCGAGGAGCAGCAGGGCAACCCAUGGGCUCUUUCCUUCUCCUUUGGCCGUGCUCUGCAGGCCAGUGUCUUGAAACUCUGGACGGAAGAAAGGAACGGGCAGGUUCCACCAGGGGCAGCCAAGGGAAUGGCAGAGGCCCUCGCCGCAGCAAAUGCCAGUGCCACAAAAGGAGAAUAUCAGGGGCCUCACCCCAGCAUCACGUCUGCAGCAGGCACACUGCGGGAAACGUUUAGAGGCUGGCGCACUGAUGUACCUUGA